AUGAGGUUUGUUUUCGAUGAAGUUUUCAGUUCGGAUACUGAGUCUCCAGAAUUCGAGGAAACGUGCUCUAUAACUUCUUCUGCAUCAUCACAAUGCGUAACACCUGAACCGAGUCCGGCUGCGAAGUUACCUCUCUUCACCACAAUUUGCACCAAGCAAUUGACUCAGGAAUCUGUAGUGGAGCUGGAUCCUGCUCUAGAGAAUUUUUUGCGUGACUUGAACCUACAAUCCAAAGUAAUUCCUAUAAAUGAGCCCAUCGCAACUCCAUCAUCAAUGUUUACACCACGUGCUGACAAACCGCUAGCAAAUCCAUCUUCUAUUUCAGUGACGAGCACUGCUAAGGACCAAGAUACAAGGCUGCACCUACUAAAGGCAAUGGAAGACUCAUUUCAAAGAAAGAUGCAAAAUUUGGUGCUUACGAAUCAGAAGGAAGUUCAGUCUAUAAGAGACAAGAAACGACGCAUUGAAGAGCAACGUAAGCGAAAAGAGGAGGAGGAGCGGAAGCGCAAAGAAGCAGAAGAGAAAGCCAAACGAGAGCAGGAAUUGUUGCGCCAAAGAAAGGAAGAAGAAGAGCGCAAACGCGAAGAAGCUGAAGCAAAGCUAGCUCAAGAGAAAGAAGAAGCUCAAAAGAAAAAGAUAGAAGAACAAAAUGAAAAAGAAAAACAGCUGAAGAAAGACCAAGAAGCAAAAUUGUUGCAACAAAAAGAUAAACUGGGUAAAGCAAUUACAAGUUUCGAUACAAUUUCCAAAACGUUUUGGCAUUAUAAAGACAAAAUUGCCCAAAUAAAGCAGGAUAUAGUCUUGCCCGUCAAGAAGGCCGAUGUAAGUGUACGAAAUUUGCUUUCACGUCACAAGAGAAAAAUAAACCCUAAAUUCGGGCAACUAACCAACAGUAACCAACAACUUUUCAAAAUUCAAAACGAGUUAACACAGUUGAUAAACGACACUAAAAGCGAUACCUUAGCAUAUCAAUGGAUCUUAAACUUUAUUGCAAAGGCCGUAGUUCACCAAUCAGAAACUGAAGUCAGAGUAAAACCGGAGUCUGCGCUGCCUCUGGGGAAAUUAACUCUAUAUCUACUAAUUCAGUUCCCAGAACUGCAGGAGUUAUUAAUGGCUAGACUUGUAAAGAAAUGCCCCUUUGUCAUUGGAUUCACAUGUGAGAUUGAUACUGAGAAAGGCCGUCAAAACAUGGGCUGGAAAAGAAAUAAUGAGGACAAGUGGGAAGACAACACAUCUUACGAUGAAAGAAUGGGCGGUAUAUUAUCUUUGUUUGCUAUAUUAACAAGGCUGCCCCUGCCUCAAGAAUUCAUCACCACUAAAAAUCACCCGUUCCCAAUUGCGUUAUCAUGGCAUAUCUUGGCUAGAAUUUGUAAUACACCACUAGACUUAUUAACGAACACCCAUUUCGUAAUCUUGGGCUCAUGGUGGGAUGCCGCUGCCGUGCAAUUCCUACAGGCAUAUGGGAACCAAGCCUCGAAACUACUAUUUUUGAUUGGUGAGGAACUAACGUCUCAAAUGGCUGAAAAGAAAUAUGUAGGUGCUGCAAGAUUAAGAAUCCUGCUAGAAGCUUGGCAAAAUAACACCAUGGAAUCGUUUCCGGAAAUGUCUCCUUGA